AUGCCUUCUGCUGCACCCGAGACCGUUUCUAGCAAUAUCGUCGGCGGAGAUGCCCAAAGCCGUCCACGUCUAUCAGAACCCUUGACUUACACGGGUAGUCUUGAUGACAUUCCUCAGCUUGACGUCACCCCUGUCAUCGGUCGUGAAUACAAUGGUCUUCAAAUUCGGGACCUCUUGAAAUGGGAUGAGAGGCACAUCCGUGACCUUGCAGUCACUGUUUCUCAGCGAGGUGUUGUCUUUCUGAAGAACCAGGAUGUCACCCCUGAAGAGAUGAAGGACUUUAUGCUGCGGCUUACAGAGGUUGCUGGAUGCCCGACUAGCUCAGGUUUGCAUGUGCAUCCUUUGACUGAAGAGGGUAGUGAGUUGGGUGAUCAGAUCAGUGUUAUCUCAAGUGAGAAGCAGAAGAAGGGAGGUGGUUUGACACAUCAGCUCAGCGAUGUAAGCCGAUAUGCAUCUGCUGGGUGGCACAGCGAUAUCACCUUUGAGAAGGUCCCCUCAGACUAUGCUAUGCUCAAGAUUCACACACUACCGAAGACGGGUGGUGAUACGCUCUGGGCAUCCGGAUAUGAGGUCUACGAUAGACUCUCAGACCCUAUGAAGAAGUUCCUCGAAGGAUUGACCGCGACUCAUGACGCCAGCUUCUUCCACGACGAGGCACGACGUCUCGGUAACCCAAUCCGUAAGGGCAUCCGUGGCUCUCCUCUGAAUCAAGGCGAGAACCUCACAUCCGUCCAUCCUCUUAUCCGAACAAACCCAGUCACAGGCUGGAAGUCAGUGUUUGUCAACAAGGGCUUCACCAAGCGCAUUAAUGGAUUGUCAAAGGAUGAGAGCGAUACACUACUCGCGUACCUCUUCAACCUAGUGACACAGAACCAUGAUGCCCAGGUCCGGUAUCGUUGGAGCAAGAACGAUCUUGCCAUCUGGGAUAAUAGGUCAACUUUCCAUUGCGCGACGUAUGAUUAUGAGGAAGCGAGAGCUGGAGAUCGAGUUUGUAGUCUUGGCGAAGCGCCUUAUCUUGAUCUGAAUAGCAAGACUCCUUCUAUAACAACACCAUAUCAACCUCUUCACCGCUCUCAAUCACAUUCCUUUCUCUCCUCUACUUUUACCACAGCUUCUUCCUCUCGAUCGAUUCUCCCUCGACCUCUUCACAACUCAAAAGUCUCAUCUCUCGUCCCUCGUCAGCAGCAGCGCAACUGCUCUUGUCGACGAGCCAUGUAUCGCAACGGAAACGACGUCGCUAGCGCGAGUCUCGACAUACGUCGUGGACGCGAGGUUCUUCCCAAGAAUGUCAAGCCCCUGCACUACGAUCUCACCCUCGAGCCAAACUUCGAGACCUUCAAGUAUGAAGGUACCGUCGUCAUCGACUUCGAUGUUGUCGAAGAUUCAACCUCUAUUGCCCUGAACACGGUCGAAAUUGAUAUCCACGAGACACUCGUUGAAGCCAAUGGUGCCACUGUUAGCUCCUCGCCUACCCUCGAUUACAACAAGGAUACCCAAACCACCACCGUUAACUUCGAUAAGACGAUUCCCGCUGGCCAAAAGGCGAGGUUGACUCAGCGUUUCACCGGUACUCUGAACGAUGACAUGGCAGGUUUCUACAGGUCAUCAUACAAGGAUGAAAAUGGCAACACCAAAUACCUUGCUACCACCCAAUUCGAGGCCACCGAUGCUCGCCGUGCAUUCCCUUGUCUGGACGAGCCAGCUCUGAAAGCGACAUUUACCGUAACACUCAUUGCUGACAAGGAUCUGGUAUGCUUGGGUAACAUGGAUGUUGCUUCUGAGAAAGAAGUCAACUCCAAGGUUACAGGCAAGAAGCGCAAGGCCAUUACCUAUAACAAGACUCCCAUCAUGUCUACCUACCUUCUGGCUUUCGUCAUUGGUGACCUCAAGCACUACGAGACCAACAACUUUCGAGUCCCUAUCCGAGUUUGGUGUACUCCCGAUCAAGACCUUGACCAUGCCGUCUUUUCCGCCGAGCUAGCUGCACGAACACUCGAAUUCUACGAGCAACAAUUUGGCAGCAAAUACCCUCUUCCCAAGAUGGACAUGGUUGCUGUGCCUGACUUCGCUGCUGGAGCCAUGGAGAACUGGGGUCUCAUCACAUACCGAGUCGUUGAUCUUCUAUUGGAUGAAAAGACCAGCAGCGCCGUCACCAAGAAGCGCGUGGCUGAGGUCGUGCAACAUGAGCUGGCUCAUCAAUGGUUCGGCAACCUGGUCACAAUGGAUUUCUGGGAUGGCCUGUGGCUAAAGGAAGGUUUUGCGACAUGGAUGUCUUGGUAUUCCUCCAACGCUUUCUACCCCGAGUGGAGGAUCUGGGAAGGUUAUGUUACUGAGGAUCUCCGAUCUGCCCUCGGCCUCGACUCUCUGCGCAGCUCUCACCCCAUUGAAGUGCCCGUCAAGCGUGCGGACGAGGUUAACCAAAUAUUCGAUGCUAUCUCAUAUGAGAAGGGUUCUUGCGUCCUGCGCAUGAUCUCAAAAUUCUUGGGCGAGGACGUCUUCCUGAAGGGUAUCCGAAUUUACCUCGACAGGCAUGCAUACAGCAACACUGAGACCACAGACCUUUGGGCCGCUCUCAGUGAGGCCAGUGGUAAGGAUGUUGAGCGCGUUGCUGACAUCUGGACCAAGAAGGUCGGUUACCCAGUCGUAGCAGUCACAGAAGACGAAAGCAAGGGCACAAUCCAUGUCAAGCAGAACCGGUUCCUUAGAACGGCCGACGUCAAGCCUGAGGAGGAUGAAGUCCUUUACCCCGUCUUCCUCAACCUUCGAACCAAGGACGGUAUCCAGGAAGAUCUGGCACUCAACACACGUGAGGCCGACUUCAAGGUGCCUGACUUGGACUUCUACAAGGUCAACUCUGGCCAUUCUGGUAUCUACCGUACAUCUUAUACUAGCGAGCGACUUCAAAAGCUCGGUCAAAACGCCAAGGCGGGUCUCUUAGGUGUUGAAGAUAGGGCCGGUAUGAUUGCUGAUGCUGGUGCCCUUGCCGCUGCUGGUUACCAGAAGACAUCUGGCUUGCUGUCGCUCCUCCAAGGAUUUGACUCUGAAGACGAGUUUAUUGUCUGGGAUGAGAUCACUCUCCGUGUCGGAUCUCUCCGUGAUGCUUGGAUCUUUGAAGAUGAUGAUGUCAAUGAGGCUCUCAAAACUUUCCAGAGGGAUCUGGUCAGCAAGAAGGCUAACGAGAUCGGUUGGGAUAUUUCUGACGAGGAUGACUUCACUGCCCAGAGAAUGAAGGCUCUCAUGUUCGGUAAGGCCGCAAUUGUCGAGGACGAGCCUACCAAGAAGGCCGCUUUCGACUUGUUCGAAAAGUUCGUCAAUGGUGAUCGAGAUGCCCUACAGCCCAAUCUGCGACCUAGUGUUUUCGCUGUUGUGGUUACAUAUGGAGGUGAGAAGGAGUACAAUGAUAUUUUGAAGGAGUAUGAGACUGCCAAGCAAAGUAGCGAGCGAAACACUGCUCUCCGAUCGCUUGGUUUUGCAAAGGAUCCUACUCUUAUCAAGCGAACUCUGGAGUACACUCUCACCGACAACGUCAAGACCCAGGACAUCUACAUGCCUCUCAGCGGUCUCCGCGCUCACAAGGAGGGUAUCCUGGCUCUUUGGGGAUGGGUAAAAGACAACUGGGACGUUCUCACCAAGCGGCUCCCACCUGGCAUGUCACUCCUUGGCGAUAUGGUCGCUAUUUCUACAAGCUCUUUCACACAGAAGGACCAGAUUUCCGACGUGAAGAGCUUCUUUGAGCAGAAGGGCACCAAGGGAUUCGAUCUUGAGCUGGCGCAGAGUCUUGAUUCUAUGACCGCCAAGCAAAACUGGCUUGCAAGGGAUAAGGAGGAUGUCAGGGAGUGGCUACGCAAGAACAAAUACCUGUAA